AACGGCGACGGAAUCGGAGAACUUGCUCGUGUAAUCUCUACAAGUUUGAGUUAUUUACGUAUCCUAAUAAUACAUCGAACCAACUCGAUUGAACGCAACGUGAAGUGACCGAAAAAAUUGCCAUGAAUGUACGUUCGAAGCAAGCCGACCCUUUGUUCGUAGCAUCGUGGAAGAGAGUGUGAAUGCCAACGCUGAUAAGUUCAAGUGUUCUCGAUUUGUGUGUAAAACGUCUCAUGAUUCAAAAGUGAUUACUUCUGGAUCCGUGUACGUCGACAGUGAAGCAACGAAUACAUUUCAUGAAACAGACAACGUAUCUGGCAAAUAUUUGAAACGCAUUGUCGGGAUGUCAAGUCCAAGUCGUAUCGGUGGUUCAGUUCGCGAAGGAACCCGGGUGGUGCUUCGAGAGAUCACUGCAUCCCUUCAUAAUUCACCUCCAAUGCAACCGCCUUAUUCCAAGAGUGGUAACGACAAUUCGCUGCAAAAGAUAGCAGAGCAUGAGGUGAAGGUCCGAUUCGCCCGGGAGUUCGCCGACGUUGGAUCAAUCAACUACUCGACCCCAGAGUCCCUGUCCUCGGCCAGCAGCUUCCACAGUCUCAGCAGCAGCCUCAGCACCAAAAGCAGCAGCGGCACAUGCCCGGACACCGUGCCACAGAGUUCCAAUCAGGUCACGGAUACUUCGUACACGAGCAGUAUACCCGGCGUCGAGGACUUGAUUCUCGGCUGCGCGAACAUACACCUGAACGGCGAGGAGGAUCAGUCGUUGAACGAGCUUCAGACCACUCACGACCUCAGCCAGGAUCAGACGUUCACAUCAGCCACCGAGGGAGCAGACCUCACCGGGGACAUUAUCAACGAUAUAUCAUUGGCGGGGUCUGAAAACGCCCUACCAGUCAUCGAGGACGACUCCUUUGAACAGCAUUCGCCGAUAAAUCAUCCGAACGAUAUCGAAGAGCGACCUAUAUUGAUUGUUCCUAACGCGGUAGUGAUAGAAGAACCGCUGGAGAGAUCGGUUUCUCCGGACAGGAGCAAUGACCUAUCUAGUAGCCUACAAACCUGUAGCCUAACGAACGUCGAGGAAUUUUCGCUGCCGUUUAGUAGCGCGACGAUCUCGAAUUUAGAUUCUACAGUGUGUUUGUCAACUGUUAGAGAAAGCCCGGCGGUUUCCAAGCCGGAGACCUAUACUGUAGCAGAGAACACUCGGCUCGAAACUCAGCCUUUGACUUUAAACGUUAUACCUUGCUCUACUAUAGACUCUAUAACCUCGGUGUCUACGCUAUUGGAACAUGCGGAAGGGCCAUCGUUGCCUAGUAUAUCUACAGUAUCUUUAGUGAAUCUUACAGACUCUGUAAAAUUGAAUGAUGGUGACUCGCACGGAGUCGAGGACAAUGUAAAAAGCUCGUUGGCCAGGUCAUCGUCACCUCUUAAUGAUAUUAACGAAGUUGUAAGCACCUCUUCGCAAAAUGUAUUGAAGAGUCCUGGUCAGGAGAUUGAGAAUACACACAGAAGCCAGGCAGAGACAGUUUCACUCAGUUUUAAUAAUGCUACAAGCGGCAAUGAAAAUCGUACAAACCUGUUAAACAAUACUACGUUUCCAAUACCUAACACGCUUGGAAUUGAGGAACAUUUGGAAAGUACUGUUUACAAGGAAACCGAAUGCAAUAACGCUUCUAAUAGCAACCUCGAACUAUCUUCGAAUAUAGAGAGCCUGAAAGUAGAUGUAUCUCCAGUGGUUACGAAGGAAGUAGACGUUGUCGAGGAAACAGACGCGAUAAAUGCUGUAACGGAAACAGAAAUUAGAGAGGAAAAAGAAGAGGAUCUGUCCGACGAGAAAUUGGACAGGACUCUCACUUUUGAUGAUAAUUCAUUGAACUUGGAAUCUGAACAAGAAGUGGAACAAUAUUCGAAAUUCAAGCCUCAACGACAGAGCACUACGUUAGCUAUACCUGUCGAGCAACCAAAUUUCAAUGAACUGAAAUCUGCUGCUGAUCAAGUUGCCGAUGAUAUCUUUAGAACUACAUUGGAGUUCUCUGAAGAAACUGACAAUUUUAUCAGUGCCACAGCCGACAUAUUUCAAGAUCCUACCGAUUUCGACUUUCUGGUAACCCACGGCAAUACGAAGCACAUAAACCGCUUGAGAACUGAAUCUUUGUAUGUGAAGUUCGACCCUUUGGUGUCGGAUACCAGUAUGUUACCCCAAGGAAAUAGUCCGCCUAUAAACGAGGAGCAAAAUGGGAAAACUGAAAACACACCGCCAAACAUUGAUACGCCAAAACGUAAUCCUGCCAUAGCGGCUAUAGACAGGCUACUUUUUUACAGUCCUCUUUCUACCAGCAUGACGCAGAAAACGGAAGAGCCUCGAGAGAAAAUUGAACAGGCUACCGAAGAACCAAAAUCGGAAACACCACUUGUUAACGAUAUCGAUAUGAGCAAAGAAUUAGAAUUAGUGAGGACAACCGUACUACAAUUAGAGGAAGAGUUGAAGAAGCAAAAGAAAGAGUAUGAAGCAGAAUUGGAAAGGCAGAAGAAGGAGUAUGAAUCGGAAUUAGAAAGGCAAAAGAACUUUUUCCAAGAAAGUAUUAACAAGUUACAAGCACAAAUAGCGCAGGAAGUGAAGAGUAAAUCACAGAUGACAGUCGUGGUCGAGGAAUAUGAGAAAUCGAUCAGUCGGCUGCUCACAGAGAGAGAAAGGGAUCGUACGAAUUUCGAGCAAGAGAAGGUGAAGCUGCAAGAGGAGCUUCAGAUCACGAAUUUUCAUUUGGCAAACACGGAGGAUGCUUUCAAUGACGUUCACCAGAAAUACGAGAAGCUCAAAGGAGUAGUAUCGACGUAUAAAAAUAAUGAAAUAGUUCUGAAAGAAAGUAUCCAGGAAAAUAUGGAAACUAUAAAAACUUUAGAAACGCGAUACGAUCAUUUAAAAAAUCAUGCUAUGACUCAGCUUGAGAAGGCUAACUUGGAAUUGGAUGCAAUGCGAAAACAACACGAGGAUGAAACGGUUAAACUUCAUGCCAUGCUGAGAAAAGCAGAACUUAAAAGUAAUUCACUGGCGGAGCUGGUCGAGCAGAAAACUAAAGAAAACAAAGAACUGGCCCAAAUAUUGGAUGAAGUGAUCGCCAGGGUAGGUCACCAAAACGCGGAUGAAUAAACGAGUAUCGCGAAUGCAGCGCGAUUAGUCUUUAUUUUUUUACUCGCCCCGCCCCCCCUUCUCUUAAUGUUUUAAAUACAACCAUAUACUAGGUAUACAUGCGUUGUUUCUAAAAUUAUUAAUUGCAAAUUAUGUUUUUGUUUCAAAGAAGCACCUUUUAUUAAUUAUUUAUAAGUUGUGAAAUAUAUAUAUAUAUAUACUAUUUUAUCGCUAAUAAAAAAAUAGGCAUAUUUAAAACAACCUCUUGUUUAUAUUUGUGUAGUAAAAAAUAUAAUCAAAUAUUGGAGCAUCGACUCCACAAAUAGUUCUUAACAGUCACACAUUAUGCGUCCACAGAAUUGUACGCAAUUUGUUAUAAUACAGUUCAAAUACAUUUCA